AUGACCCAAAAUGCUUCGAAUUUCUGUUUAUUCAAAAACAUCUCACCAUUACAAAUCAUUCCCCUAAUCAUUAUAAAGAUUUAUGCAGAAAAUUGGAAUGUUACUCCAAACAUAUUAAUUAAGUUAACAAAAUUAGUUGAAAAUAAACAAUCAACUACUGAAAAUAACGAAUUACAAAUUAUAUCCGACUUAAGAGAACUAUGUGAUUAUUUAGAUGACGAUGAUUUUUCUGGUCAAUUGAUUGAUGUAGUUUGGAAUAUUAGUUCAUUGGAAGAAUUGGAUGAAAUGUUGAAUUCAGUCAAAAAAUUAGUCGUUAUGAAACAACCAACUACACCUUCAACAACAAAACAAUUUUUGAAUAAUUCCUUAUUUGGGAUCUUCAUACUUCAAGUAAUUACUUAUUUUGAAAUGUUAGAUUAUCAUGCAAGUCUAUGUUUAUAUCAACUGUUAGUUGAAUUUAGAAAAUCAACUAGAGAUAUAAUUGAAACUGAACCAUCUGAGAAGUCACUAGAAGAUGUUUUGAAUAAUCAAUUAAUUAAAUUGGGAUUGAAUAAUCAAAUUGUUACAUCAAGAUCUAAAAAUGAUUUGGAACAAUUAAUAAAUAAACAAAUAUCAAUAUUAGAACAAUUCGGGACACCAACUCCUCCUUACAUAAGACAAACGAUGAAAAUUAUGACAUCACCAGUUAUAGUAGGCUCAACUCAAAGUAUGUCUUUCAAUAAUAUACCUAGUUACUCAUACCUCAGGUAUUUAGAAAGUUUAUCUAAAUCGAACUAUAUUGAAUCAAUCGAUUAUUUACAUCAAUACUUUGAUUACAUGGUUAGCAACAAUUCCAAAUACUUUUAUCAUUUUGCUUUGAUAUCAAAAGCUUCAUUACAUCAAUAUUUUGGUGAAGAUCAAAAAGCAAUAAAUACAAUAGAGGAAGCAAUUAGUGUAGCUAGAGAAAAUAAAGAUAAUUCUACAUUAACUUAUAUAUUGAGUUGGUUCUAUAAUUUUAUGCACAAUAAACCACAUUUAUGGAAACAACAAACCUUAUUCAACAAAAGUAACGAAGAUCAACUAUUAGACUUUUUGAUAAAAAAAUCUUCAUCAAUAAAUAUCCUGUUGUAUGCAAUAAAUCUUGGUUUUGAAACUCUACAAAUGAUGAAUAAUGGGCAACUGAUUAAUGUCUACACUGGAAACAUGAUUAAGACUUUAUUCACAGCUAUAAACGACAUGAAACCUACUUUUAUACGAUCUUGUGAAAUGGCCUCAACUGUGUGGGAUAGAGUUGGUGUAGCCCCCAUGAGUGAUCUAUAUAAUGAAUUAGCGAUAGAGUACUCUGAGAACUCAUUAGAUUCAAUCAGGUUAAAAGCAAAAACUUUAUAUCAAGAAUUUUUGAAAGGAGACCUUACAGUUAAUAUCAGUGGAUUGUCACUGGAGACAAUGGAUCAUUCUUUGUAUAAUGAUAUUCAAAUUCGCAGUUUGAUUGUAAAAAUUCAAUCCUAUUUGAUUCAAGGUCAAGAUAGGAAAGCAAGAGAGAUAAUGGAUUUGUUACUAGACAGUGAGAUAAAAGAUUUGGAAUUAAAAAAUAAUGUGCUUUUCCUUGAUAUAGAUAUUGACAUCAAAGUGGGAAAUUAUUCCAAAGCAUUAGACAAGAUUUCAACAUUCGAACAUUGCAACAAUUACUUGACAAUCAAAUUAAGCAUAUUAAAAUGUAAGAUUUUCGAUUUGUCAAAAAAUCCUCAUCGCGCGUUGUCGUUACUUACUCAAUGCAUACAAUUGAGUAGAAAAUACGGUUACAAACAAUUAGAGAUUGAAUCUACUUUGCUAUAUUUCGAUACUUUACAAGAUUCUAAUUUAAAUGAUGAAAUUUUAAAAUUGACUGAUGACAUUUUCCCUAGUGUUUACAACUCAGAGAUUCAACAUUUCAUUGACAAGAUCUCAAGUUUUGCUAUGACUGAAUAA